AUGGGCGCCGAUCACAAAUAUGAUCCCAACUUCACCCAGCUGGUCAUCGACACAUGUGGGCCCAAGACCAGUCCGCGGAUGAAGCAGGUCUUCUCCGCCAUGAUGCGCCAUCUCCACGACUUCGCGCGGGAAAUUGAUCUGACUCCCGAGGAAUGGCUGGCGGGUGUCAAGUUCCUGAACGAGACCGGCAAAAUCUGGGCGGACUCAGACGGCAAGCGCAACGAGAUGCACAGAUUAUCCGACAUCACCGGACUGGAAUCCCUCGUGACAGAAAUCGCAAACUACGUCCAAUCCGACAACCCCAACUACAUCCCCACCUCCGCCGCCAUCCUCGGCCCCUUCUGGUCCCCCAAUGCCCCAUGGCGACAACUCGGCGACACCAUCAUCCAAGACAAGCACGAGGGCACCGUCACCUACAUGCACGGCAUCGUCCGCGACCUGAACACACAGAAGCCCAUUCCCAACGUCACCUUUGACAUCUGGCAGGCGAGCAGCAAUGGCAAGUACGACUUCCAGGACCCGGACAACCAGACAGACAACAAUCUUCGCGGCAAGUUCAAGACGGAUGAGAAUGGCGAAUACCGUCUCUACUGCCUCCGACCCACCGCCUACUCCCUUCCGACCGAUGGCCCCUCAUAUCAGCUUCUCUCCGCUCUGGACAGACAUCCGAUGCGACCAGCGCAUAUUCAUUUGAUGGUCACGCACGACGACUAUAAGCCCGUCAUCACCCAAAUCUACCCCAAGGACGACCCGUGGCUGUCCACCGACACCGUCUUCGCCGUCAAGGACGACCUUGUUGUCGACUUCGUACCCAUCAAAGAGGUGCCAAAGGUCAUGGGCGAGCACAAGGGACCUGGCGGGGCGGCGACAAAAGAGUUGACUUUGGACAUUGUGUUGGCUCCCACUGGAAAGAAGGGGCAUGCCGAAGUGGUGGAGAAGAACUGA